AUGGGUUAUACUAAUUAUAAUAAUAAUAAUAAUAAUAAUAAUAAAAAUAAUAAUAGUAAUAAUGAUCAAAAUAUAAACUAUUAUAAUAAUAAUGAUACAAUUUCAAUAAAUGAUGAAUUUAGAAGUAUACCAUUAAAUAAUUUUGAUGAUAUUUUCCAAAUAAAGCUUAAUAAUGCUAAAUCGGAAAAAGAAAAUACAACUAUACCCAAUAAAUACUCAAUUAUUAUAUUUAAAGAUUUACAUACAAAUCAAUUUAAUGACUCUUUACCACUACUUUUAACAACCAUAAUAGAUAACCCUAUUCAAUAUAGCAAUUUAAUCGAUACUAUAAAUCACCUUAAACUAAAAUCAUCAUCCAAACUAUCAGACUCAAUCCAUAGAAUAAUAUUUAUACUAGUGUUUUUAAUCAUUUUCUUUAUUACAUUUAUAAUUCUAUUACUACUACCUUUUAACAUCAAUUACUAUCUUUGGCUUAUAGUUGUUAUACCAAUAAUAUUUAUCUCAUCUUAUAUUGAACAAUUUAUUAAAAUUAAAAGUAUUAAAAAAUUUAUGAUAGAGACUGAAAACACCCACUUUACAUUGUCUAAUAUGAACGAAUGGAGAACCCAAAACAUUUCAUUCAAAAGUAUAUUUUUUAGAAGAGACGAAAAAGGAUUUCUUAAAAAAGUAGACUCAUCAUCAAGCCUUAACGAUAUCAAAGAAUACCGUAACUUUUACCAAGGUCUAAUUGUCGAAUUUCCAAAGAAUCAACUAAAUCAAAUCACAAUCUUUAAUUUGCAAAUAAUGGAUUAUAAAAAAAUAUUAAAUAAUAUAAAUAAUCAAAAUUAUGAAAAUUUUGAUGAAUUAAAAAAACAUAUAAAACAACAACAACAACAACAACAACAAUCAGAUCAAAAUGAAACAAUAAUUGACGAAACUGAUAUAAACUAUAAUCAACAUUUUAUACAAAACUAUUAUAAUACUUUGGGUUUGAAUAAAAAUACAACAAUCACAAAUUCAAAUAAUGCAACCACGACCGACAUAAAUAGUAAUAAUAAUAAUAAUAAUUGUUACAUUAGUUACCACAUUCCAAAUUUUACAAUCUGA